AUGGCGUCCUCCAUCUCUGCUCCAGCUCCACUGGCGGCUCCGGACACCGUGUCGGCGCAGGCCAGGCGUUGCCACCCGGCUGUCCAGAUCGCCGGCAACUACGCGCCCGCCCACCGCGCCGAGUCGUGCGCGAUUCGCUUCACGGAGACGGCGCCGCUCAGACAGGAGCGCGCCAUCGGAAAGGCCGUCUUCCCCAAGGCCAUCGGCGAGCUCCACGUCCACUCGGGCGUGGCGCGCCUCCUCCUCUUCGAUGCGCCCCAGGGGAUCGGGGUCGCCAACGCCGGGCUGGUGUACCAUAACAACCGCCUCCUCGCCAUGUCCGAGGACGACCUCCCCUACCACGGCGACCUCGAGACCGUCGGGCGCUACGACUUCGGCGGGCAGCUCGACACCGCCAUGAUCGCGCACCCCAAGCUGGACCCGGCCACCGGAGAGCUCUACGCGCUCAGCUACAAUGUCAGAGCGCGCUUCCAGUUGUGA